AUGGCCGCAAGCGCCGUAAGCGACAAUGCUUACAUCCCUAAUGACGAAAUUAUUUCCCAUGCUCGCAAUGAACCUAUAUUGUUCAAACGACUGGAGCUACCCGAAGCUCGCAUCGUACAUGGCAACAUAUUUCCUAUCGCCUACGAGCUUGUGAAGCACACAGGUGCCACACCCACCCUUGAAGAAUCGUCUGAGGCUAUCCGAGAUUUAUCUACGCGUGGUGUGAUCACCGAUUUACUGAACAAACAUGGUGCACUGCUUCUGCGGGGUCCACGCGACCCAACUGCUCACGCCUUUUCUCAGCUCAUUCACAGUGCAGAGGAAAACCGUGGAAACGCCCCAUAUGACCAACUCGGGCUCGCAGGCAGUCGUGUAGUGCAUGGCAAGGAGGUAUUCAGCGCGUCCGAAGCACCACAGGAUCUCUGGAUCUACCAACAUAAUGAAUACUCUCGAUACACAAAAUUCCCAUCCAACAUCCAUUUCUUCUGUCAAGUGGCCGCUGAGGAAGGCGGAGAGAGUCCCCUUGCUCAUAGCACUGAGCUUUUUGAUCGGGUUUUUGCCGAGAUGCCCGAGUUCGUUGAGGAAGUCAACGAGAAGGGCUUGAUAUCGCCGGACAUUUAUCGCCCGCCUGGGAACGAGGGAAAGAAUUUCUCCUUCACCUGGGCUGGGCCUUUGGCAUUUGGACGCCAUAUUGAGCCCCAGGACGAUAUGGAAACUAUGAAGUCGAAGGCGGAAAAGGAGAUCGUUCGUCUAACACCGCAUUAUUGGUGGCGAGAUGGCGACCAGCUUGAGGUUCAUCAAUUUGUACCCGCUGUCCGUCGUCAUCCGAUAACGGGACUACCAGUCUGGUUCAACAGCUUGGCCGGUCGCUAUGGUACAGCGCUUGAUCGCGGCGCGACUGAUCCACCUUAUAUCGGAGAUGAUGGAAUGGCAUUCCCGCCGGCCAUGUAUGGAGACAAAACCCCAAUCCCCAAGAAGUAUUUGCACCGGAUAUGGGAGCUUAGCCAGGAGAUUGCAGUUAUGUGUUCUUUGGAGGAGGGUGAUUUGGUUCUUGUAGAUAACUAUCAAGUCUCCCAUGGCCGUGCACCUUGGGUUAAGGGCGAUCGGAAAGUACUAGUUAGCAUGUGGGAUACCACGCACCCCAAGCAAAGGAUCCACAAUUUCUGA